AUGUUGUUACGUUUUGUGUUUUGUUUGUUGACUUUGCUUGUGAGCGUUGCCUGUGAUUGUGUAACGGCAACUGGAGAUGGUGGCACUGCUCUUGCUCUUCCUACCUCUUCUAAAUCUGAAUCUGGUAAAUGUCCUCCAGAAUCUCCCGGUGGUCCUCAGUGUACUCCUAAAGGUAUUGAAACUGAGGACACUUCUAAAAAAUGUGAGGAUGACACUGAGGAAGGUAAAUGCACUGACAGGGAUAAAACCAUUAAAGAUAGUGAGGUUUUGGGGCGUGAUAAUGCGAAGAGCCGUUCUCCUGCUCUUGAGGCAAAUGGUGAUGGAUUAAAUAAUGAAGUGUCGCUAAACGGUCCAAGUAAAGUGGUGGUAGAAAAUGAAAGAGUUACGAAUUUAGGUGACGUUGAUCUGGAGAAUCAAAAACAUGACGAAAGUGAAAGAGGAAAACCACCACUAACUCCAGAGGAUAGAACUCAUAGGGAAACUACUCAAUCAGAAGCUCAUGUACAGACCCAAGCGCAACAAAGCGCACAACAAGGAAUCCCUGGUUCUCCUCUAACGCAAGAGAUCAGCACCGUGGUCAGCAACCCCAGGAUUACAGGAGAACAGGGUACUGAAAGGAAUGGUAAUGCACUUAAUACGGAAUCCUCACCUCAAACAAAUCCACACCAACAAGAAAAUAAUGAAAUGCAAUCAUCUGGCACUGCUGGUGCUGAUAAUGCUGGUAUUCCUGCAUCAACUUCUCCAGCGGAAACUGAAAAUACAAAUGCAUCUGAUAGUGCAAACGCUUGGAGUGUCAGUACACCUGCAGAGAGUGAAUCAACAAACACCCAAGCAAAUAAUACAGAGACACCCACC